GUAAAUAGUUGCUCUACUUGUCCUUCAUACAGUAUGUCUUCCUACACAACACAUACCUCCUGAAACAUUAACAUGGAUUCCUACCAUGUGUUGGCGCCCGUGGGGCAAGGAUCAUUUGGUCGAGUUCAUAAAGGAAUGAAGAAGUUUACAGGCCAGGUGGUGGCUCUGAAGUUCAUGCCGAAGAUGGGGCGCUCAAAUAAAGAGCUGCAAAGUCUAAAGAAGGAAAUUGACAUCAUGACAAACCUUCAACAUCCAAACAUUGUGAAACUUUUUGACAGCUUUGAAACAGAAACAGAGGUGGUUGUUGUGACCGAGUACGCUGAGGGUCAGUUGUUUCAGAUCAUUGAGGAUGAUGGCAGUUUACCAGAAAGUCAGGUUCGUGAGAUUGCCUGCCAGCUGGUGUCAGCUCUGUAUUAUUUGCACUCUCGUCGUAUUCUUCAUCGAGACAUGAAACCACAAAAUAUCCUCUUUGAUAAAAAUGGAGUGGUCAAACUGUGUGACUUUGGGUUUGCAAGGGCAAUGAGUGUGUCCACCAUGGUUCUGACUUCUAUCAAGGGAACACCACUAUACAUGUCCCCUGAAUUAGUGGCAGAGAUGCCUUACGACCACACUGCAGAUCUCUGGGCACUAGGCUGCAUUCUCUAUGAAAUCCACACAGGGACGCCUCCAUUUUGUGCCGAUUCCAUCUUCCACUUGGGGCAGCUUAUUGUGAGACGCCCAAUCAUGUGGCCAGACAAGAUGAGCAGCUCAUGCAUGAGUUUCCUGAAAGGUUUGUUGACCAAGGACCCUCAGAAGCGACUGUCAUGGCCGGACCUCCUGCAUCAUCCUUUUGUUGCUGAUGGUGUUCAAGCAGUGAUGCCAGACACGAGUGACAUUUCCAGUCCUCUGACAGUCACGCUCGACCCCGAGAUGCUGGCACUGAAACUGAAACAAAUGGCAGAAAAGACACCGACAGAUUCAGGAGAGCGCAGAAUAUUUAGAAAGAUCAGAGAGCAACGAAACAAAAGCAAAAUGAAGAAAGAAAAGAAUGAAAGGUUAUCUGAACGUAUCCGUGGAGAGGAAGUAGUGCUUAUUAAAGAUACGUCCUUUCCUAUAGAUUUUUUCUCUGCAUAUUCACCUUUGACAUCAGCUCCUUUAAGCUGUGAGCCAAUGAACCACACAGUAGUUACAUCAAGUCACCAAGAGAGAGGUGUGAUCAGCCAGGAUUAUGAACGAGAGUUUCCUUCAGUGGAGGUUGGGCCACGACUUCAGCGAAGGAGAAGCAAAAAGGACACUGAAGUCAGCGAGAAUACACUGACCUCCAUAACGGUUGACAGUGAGGUUUUCUUGGAGACGCUUGUUCAAGAAUCAGAUCCGAGCGGAAAACAAAAAGAAGCGUUAAACUACAGCAGCAUUGUAGCUGAAUUAAAAUACAGCAUCAUGGCGUUUAAGCAGCAGCUGAGUGAAGGUGAGCAAAAAAACGUAUGGUACAUUCGCCAUCCGCUGAAGGUCCUGCAGAACCUGAUUCUGACCACUGACUUUAACGACAAGAGGAACCACCUUCACCGUGAACUUGGACUGCCUCAUCUCCUCUUUGAUUUAAUUCAAGACUCUGUGGGAAACUCCCGUUUCAUUCAGCAAGCGUGGAGUCUGCAAGCACUUGGGGAAAUGAUUGUUGUUCUACUGAUCUACUGGCAGAAGAACCAUGACUGGUUGAAAGGAGAAAAGAGACCUGAAGAGUUCAUCAAGCCCUUCUUAACGAUCCUUAAUCAAGCAGACCUCAAUCCUUUAGCGCCUCUGGCUGGCUGCGUUUUAUCUCUCUUUACUCGACACAAGGUUGUUGUCAACAUUGAUGUGGACAGGCUCAGCUUCUUGCUGAAAGAACUUGUCUGUGGCUCUCAUCAGCUCCUGCUUUCUCUCCCGCCUGGAUGGGGACUCUGUGAUGGCCUCCUAUCUCUACUUCUGCACACACUCUCCAAGCAUGGAGACGACUGGGGGUCCUCAUGUUUGGAUCCAUGUACAUUUUAUUAUCUCUGGAAAAGGACUGGCACCUCAUUAGCCUGGACGACGCCAGACACGGACUUCUGUUCCACAAACGGGUUGUACUUUCUCAUGUCUGCCACACUCUUCUUCUUCUGCAAGGAUCCAUACUCAUAUAUAAUUCUGUUUUCUGAGAGCAGAUCAACAUUUGUAUACACUCUCGGCUGGCUGCUGAGCUCUGAAUGUCUUCCUUUGUUUGCUGAAGGCAAUCCUGUGAAAUUCAAGGAGGUUUUGAGUCACAAGAGUUUUAUUGAGCUGGGUUGCCAGUUUCUUUGCCUUCCAUUUGCUUUGGACCUGAAUUCACUCAUCAGUUCCAGGAUACUGCAGUUAUAUGACAGCUGUGGAGUUGUUAAAGGGCUCUUGCAGGUGAUUGAAACUCUUCCUCUCUCAUCAGUAGAGGUGCCACUCUCACUACUACGCCGCCUGCUGCUGUGCGAUCGUCAACGUUGUGUUUCCCGCCUCUGUAAAACUUCCUGUGGCUUUUUCUCCACACCAGCAGUCACUACAUCGGGUCAGCAGAUGCCGACCAGAACCGCAAGUUCUCUGCUCUCUGAUCUGCUGCUGCUGGAUGAGCUGGGUGACUCUGCGGUAGAGCUCCUGUCUCUGUUAUACCUCAUCACGCGUUUCUGCCCUCGUCCCGAUCGCUUCAAGCUUCACCUAGAACCCACAGUGCUGCACCGGGCCCUGGCUCACGCUUACGAUCCGAUCAGGGCUGCCGUAUGCAAAGUUUUAGGAAAUGUGUUCCCAUUCCGGUCUUCCACACUGCCCAAUUUACAACCGAACAUUUUUAAAAGCAUGGUAGACCUUCUUGAAGAUGUUAGCGUGCAUGUGCGGCGUGCAGCUUGCUUGGCAGUUGGUAAAUGGUUGGGUUAUAUUGCAAUGGAGGCUGGGUUCAGCACCAGUACACAAAAUGGAAAUGUAGGCAACACUAAAAAGCCAUUAAAAGUCAAGGACAAUGAUGCAAACAAAGAUUUAAGCAAUGAAACAGAGGUUGCCAUGGUGACAAGGAAUGGAUCAGAUGAUGGCAAGAUGAGAAAAUGGCUAAAAGAAGCCAGAAUGACGGGGGCCAAACUGGCAUCACUGACCUCCGACCCUGAUGUCCACACUCGUUUCAAUGCCUGUGCAGCUCUGAGAAACCUGGUGCAUGUUCAUGGCGCUGUGCCAGAGCUGAUGGAAGAGAAUGUGUCUAGAUUACUUCACAGAGCUGCAAGCACAGAUACCCACAAUGCAGUGAGAGACGCUGCAAUAAGCACUUUAAGCUUGUGCAGUCAGCAGGAUGCCAUUCCACAGGUAGUGAAUUAAACCAAGCGGUGGUCGUCUUUGGUCACAAAAGCUGCAAGUAAAUGGUUCAGUUUACCUUAUGUUCUCUGUUAAGAUACAUCACUUACUAUUAUUUCUUUCUGGAUGAUUGCUUACAUUUUAAAGUAUUUGAUGAUCCCUCAAUGCAAGAAAGAAAAUAUUCAGGCUUUCCAUUUCCAUCAUGCACACUCGCUGCACAAGUAUUGUUUGCUGCAUUGUGACAUCUGUUUUUAUAAAAAUCAAAAACUUGGCAAUAUAUUUUGUACCGUACCAUAUCUUAAUUAGCCUACAAUUUAUAGUGGACAAUAUAAGCAAUAUGUCUACACUAACACAAUAGAACUUAAUUGUAACAGAUUAUAUUUUUGACAUAAUUGAUGGAGAGAGGCACAUAGUGACACAAUGAAUAUAUGUAAUGUAUUUUGGUGUAUCUAUGAAGUAGGCACCUCCAGCUAUAGGAGCCAAUAGUGUGUCUAUAUUUUAAACAAUAUAAGCAAUUAGUCUACACCAGGGGUGUACAAACGUUUUAUAGCAAGGGCCGCAUUUGGUAAAAUAGGAUGCGGAGGCCACAUUUAUGUAUUUGUACAUUAUAGUUGCUAAAAGCAAAAUGUACAUAACCCAAAAGCAGUAAAGUUGGCAUGUUGUGUAAAUUGUAAAUAAAAACAGAAUACAAUAAUUUGCAAAUCCUUUUCAACCUAUAUUCAAU